GCGACAGCGCGCGCCCGCACGUCCAGCCGGCGGAAGAUCUCGCGAGACUUGGCCGUGGUAAGCGAGCUCGGCCUGUGCUAUAGUGUGUUCCUGCUCCGCUCACGGUACCGGCUCUCCGCGGAGGGAGGCGGGACCCAGGCAGCAUGGCCUCCGCACUCGAGCAGUUCGUCAACAGCGUCCGGCAGCUCUCUUCUCAAGGGCAAAUGACCCAGCUGUGCGAACUUAUUAACAAGAGCGGGGAGCUGCUGGCGAAAAAUCUUUCCCACCUGGAUACUGUUCUGGGGGCGCUGGAUGUCCAGGAACAUUCUCUGGGGGUCCUCGCUGUAUUGUUCGUGAAGUUUUCCAUGCCCAGUAUUCCCGACUUCGAGACCCUGUUUUCUCAAGUCCAACUCUUUAUUAGCACUUGCAACGGAGAGCACAUUCGAUACGCCACGGAUACCUUCGCCGGGCUGUGCCAUCAGCUAACCAAUGCACUUGUGGAGAGAAAGCAGCCCAUGCGAGGGAUCUGUGUCCUCAGACAAGCCAUAGACAAGAUGCAAAUGAACACAAACCAGCUGACCUCAAUUCAUGCAGAUCUCUGCCAGCUUUGUUUGUUAGCGAAAUGUUUUAAGCCUGCGCUCGUUUACCUGGACGUAGAUAUGAUGGACAUUUGCAAAGAGAACGGGGCGUACGAUGCCAAGCCGUUCCUGUGCUAUUACUACUACGGCGGCAUGAUCUAUACCGGCCUCAAGAACCUGGAGAGAGCGCUUUACUUCUACGAACAGGCUAUAACAACUCCGGCCAUGGCUGUUAGUCACAUUAUGCUGGAAGCCUAUAAGAAGUAUAUCCUAGUUUCUUUGAUACUCCUGGGGAAAGUCCAGCAGCUCCCUAAAUAUACCUCGCAGAUUGUCGGUAGAUUCAUCAAGCCUCUUAGCAACGCAUACCAUGAGCUGGCACAAGUAUAUUCCACGAAUAACCCAUCGGAACUCCGGAACCUGGUGAACAAACACAGCGAGACCUUUAACCGGGACAAUAACAUGGGUCUGGUGAAGCAAUGCCUGUCCUCGCUCUACAAGAAGAACAUCCAGAGACUUACAAAAACCUUCCUCACUCUCUCCUUACAAGACAUGGCCAGUCGAGUGCAGUUAUCUGGAGCUCAAGAGGCUGAAAAAUAUGUACUAUAUAUGAUAGAAGACGGCGAAAUAUUUGCAAGUAUUAAUCAGAAGGACGGGAUGGUGUGUUUUCACGAUAAUCCCGAGAAAUAUAACAACCCUGCGAUGCUUCACAAUAUAGAUCAGGAGAUGCUGCGCUGUAUAGACCUUGAUGACCGAUUAAAAGCAAUGGAUCAAGAGAUCACUGUGAAUCCUCAGUUUGUUCAGAAGAGUAUGGGCUCUCAGGAUGACGACUCAGGAAGCAAACCAUCCAGUUACUCUUGAAGAAAUCUCCGUGCGCCCCUGAGGUCUGCAAAUCGGAUUAUCAGCAAUGCAAAAUCUUUAAAAGGCAACAUCGGCUGCGUCUUUAAUAAAAGAGCAGAGAGAAAUGAGAGCAUCUGCCUGGACAUUUAACUAAAUAACGAAAAAGCAAAUAUUUAUGACGUUUUCUCUCCGUUCUGUAUGCGUUCACUUAAACUUCAAACAACGGAAAGCGAGCUUAAUGAAAUAAAAGUCUGUUGUGAAUUUA